AUAUGUUUGACUUUGUUGUAUUAUUUGUUUCUCUUGCUUCUAUGUCUGAACAAAUUUCAUAUAUUUGACUUUGUUGGGUUAUUGGUUUCUGUUCAGACACUUAAUGAGCUUAAGAAUUUCUUCCAUGGGAUUCGCGUCUUCAUCAUCCAAACUCCCAUUGAUGUUCGAUGUAAUCAUCAAUUUUCAUGGAGAAGAAGUCCGUAAGAAAUUUAUUUCCCAUCUCGAGUCUGUUCUCUCUACAGUUGGAAUCACUACUUACCUUCACCACGAAAAUGAAGCAAACGCAAUGCCCAUCCAACAACCUAUUCUCGAUCUCUGUCGGAUAGCAAUUGUUGUUUUCACCAAAACCUAUUCUCAAUCUGCUUGGUGUCUUCAUCAGCUUCAUCAAAUCAUCAAAUGGCACGAAACUUAUUGUCGACAUGUUCUGCCUGUAUAUUACGAGAUUCAGCCAUCUGAUGUGCGUCUUCAGAAGGGAGAUUUUGGAGAAGCAUUCAAAGCAACUGCACAACAAACAUUUUCAGCACAACAACUGGAGCAUGGCAUGUCAAGGUGGAGCCACGCGCUCGCCAAAGCAGCAAAUUUCUAUGGCUGGGAUGAGAGCAAUUACAGGAGUGAUGCUGAACUAGUGGACAAAAUUGUUAAGAGCGUUCUUAAUUUACCACUCUUGUCUGCUACUAAAUUUCCCGUUGGAUUACAAUCCCAUGUGGAAGAUGUGAUUCACACUAUCAAAAAUAAUUCCACGGAAGUUUGUAUUAUAGGAAUAUAUGGAAUGGAAGGAUCUGGUAAAACCACUGUAGCCAAAGCUAUCUACAAUCAGAUUCAUGAUACUUUCAUGGGGAAAAUUUUCAUUGAAGAUAUUGCACAUGCUAAUCGAACAAAAUUCCUUCAUUUAAUAGAAAAAAUUCUUUCAGAUGUCCAAACACCAAAGGUAGAGGAACGUAACAUUGAGAAGGGAAGAAGUAUUCCAGAAAGGCAUUUUCAGAAAAGGGUGCUCAUUGUACUUGACAAUGUGAAGCACCAUUCUCUAUUAAUAGCCCUAUCCGAAAGUCGUCUGCGGUUUGAUAAAGGAUCUGUAAUAAUAAUUACAAGUAAAACUGAACAACUAUUGAAGACACAUGAAGUUGAUGCUGUUUUUGGGAUAAAUCUAAUGAACGCAAAAGAGUCUCUUGAGCUUCUUAGUUGGCACGCAUUUAGAGAAGCAAAACCAAAAGAAGAAUACCAUGACCUUGCAAAAGCAAUAGUUACCCACUGUGGAGGACUACCUCUGGCUCUUGAAGUCAUUGGAACUUACUUAUAUGAAAGGACGAAAGAAGAAUGGCAUAGAGUACUGUUCAAAUUAGGGAAAACUCCCCAGCAUGACGUUCUACCAGUAUUGAAAAUAUGUUUCGAAGGUUUACCUAAUCAAAUUGAAAGAAAUUUAUUCCUUGAUAUAUAUUGUUUCUUUGUUGGUAAAGAUAGAGCCUAUGUUACAAAGAUCCUAAAUGGUUGUGGAGUAGACGCUGAUAGUGGAAUAAGAAUUCUCAUAGAACGUAGUCUCAUAUUAGUUAAAAAGAACAAGUUUGGAUUGCAUCCUUUGCUAAGAGAAAUGGCAAGAGAAAUUAUUGGCGAAAUUACUUCAGGAGAGGAACCUAGGAAGACCAGUCAAGUAUGGUUUGAUAAGAAUGCACAUUGUGUACUGUUAGAGAAUAUUCUCUUUUCAUCACAGGAGAAAAAAGUCAUUCAGAUAUUCCAUUGGGGAUCGUUUUCAACCGCAAGACAUUUCUUCAAAGCUGAUCCUGUAGAGGUAAGAAUGAUGAAACUAGAGAGACAUUCUGAGUACUCUUCUAAGAUACUCAGAUGGAUUUGCUUGCAAGGGUUUUCUUCAGAAUACCUUCCUCUUGGAUUUCUGCAUAAUGCAAUAGCCAUUGAUUUAAAACACAGUCUUCUUCGACUCGUCUGGAAAGAACCCCAGGUUUUGGCGUCACUAAAAGUCCUUAAUCUUAGUCGCUCCAAGUACUUGAGAAAAACCCCUGACUUUUCGAGACUACCAAGUCUUGAACACCUGAUUCUCAAAGAUUGCCCAAGAUUGUGCGAAGUGCACCAAUCUAUUGGAGGUCUCUGCAAUCUUACACUUCUAAAUUUGAAGGACUGUACAAGGAUAAAGAAUCUUCCCAGAGAGAUAUAUAUGUUGAAAUCUUUAAAAACACUCAUUCUUUCUGGUUGUUCGAGGAUUCACCUAUUGGAAAAACAUAUAGUGCAAAUGGAAUCCUUGAUAACUCUAAUUACUGAAAAUACAGCCAUGAAACAAGUGCCUUUUUCAAUUGUAAGCUCAAAAAGUAUUGGAUAUUUAUCUUUACAAGGAUUUGAGGGAUUAUCACAUAAUCUUUUUCCUUUUAUCAUUCGGUCUUGGAUGUUGCCACUAAUGAACCCCCAACCUUAUCAUUGUUCGUUUUGCACUGAUAUGGAGGUCCAUAGUUGCGAUGAUAUUGGGCCAUUGCUUAGCAUCAUUUCCAAUAUUCGAAGUGUUUUGGUGCAAUGUGACACCGAGUUUCAACUAUCUAAGCAAGUACAAAUUAUUUUGGUUGAAUAUGGUGUAAAUAGUACAGAAUCAGACACUUCAAAGCAGCACUUCAGGUCUUCUUUGAUCGGUGUUGGAAGAUGCAAAGAAUUCUUCGAUGCUUUCAGUGAAAGAGUUUCCAAGGUAUAUGCAGGAAGUGAAUAUUGUGAUGUCUCUCUUCUAGGUGACAAUGGUCCUAAUUGGUUAGCCCAUAUGGGUGAGGGAUAUUCUGUUUCAUUCACUGUGCCUCGGGAUCGUGACAUAAAGGGAAUGGCUUUGUGUGUAGUUUAUUUAUCAACCACUGAAAUUGUGGCAACUGCAUGUCUUAGGAGUAUCUUAAUUGUUAAUUACACAAAGUGCACAUUACAUAUACACAACCAUGACUCAGUAAUUUCCUUAAAUGAUAAAGAUUGGGAGGGUAUAAUAUCAAAUUUAGGAUCAGGAGAUAGGGUGGAAAUUUUUGUGAAUUUUGGUCAUGGAUUGGUAGUCAAGAACACAAGUGUCUAUCUUAUAUAUGGUGAUUCCAAGAGCUUGGAAAUGGGGCCUCACCAUGAGCCAAAGGAAAAUGCUCUGAAUAAAUUCAUUGAGAAAAUUGUAAUGUGUGACUUCUGCAAGUUAUUGUUCUUCUUUGGGAACAAAUGAGGAUCCCUUGAGUAUAGUACCCUUGUUUAUAGUGUAUCUAUUUGCAUCGUUUCCUUGUUUACAAUGAGUAGUAGUUCCUAGUUAAGAAAUUCAAUGUCUAUUUUGCUCUGUU